AUGGGGGCUGACAACCUCACCUGCACCACCGAAUUCAUCUUGGUGGGACUCACCAAUCACCACAAGACACAGACUCUGCUCUUUGUGAUCAUUUUUGUCAUCUACUCGUUGACCCUUGGAGGGAACCUAGGGGUCAUCGCGCUGGUAUGGUCAGACUCCCAUCUCCACACCCCGAUGUGUUUCUUCCUCGCACACCUCUCAAGCUUGGAGAUGUGCUAUGUCACUAGCACUGUACCUCAGAUUCUGGGCCACCUUCUAAUGGGCCACGGAGGGUUGUCCUUAAUCCGUUGUGCAUUACAGACGUACGUUGCUUUGGCUCUGGCUUCUGCCGAAGCGCUCCUGCUGGGUGUCAUGGCCUACGAUCGCUACUUAGCCAUCUGCCGUCCCCUGACCUAUGCCACUGCCAUGGGAAGAUGGCGCCAGGUACAGCUGGCUUCAGUCUGUUGGGCAAGUGGCUUUUGUGUCGCAGUAGUAUGCGUCAGCGUCAGCUUCAGCCACCGCUUCUGUGGUCCCUGCUACAUCAACCACUUCGUCUGUGAGAUACCAAUGCUGAUGAAACUGGCUUGCGAUGACACCCACACCACAAAAGCCGUCAUUUUGCUAUUUGCGGGGAUGGUCCUCCUGAUACCUUUUUCAGUGAUCCUGAUCUCCUAUGGGCUCAUUUUGUUUUCCGUGUUCCAAAUGCGCUCAGCCAGCGGACUGCGCAAGGCCUUCUCGACGUGUGGGUCUCAUUUCUUGGUGGUCGUCAUGUUCUAUGGCACAGCCACCCUUAACUAUAUUAUACCUCAGGCAGGAAGGCCUCCUGAUAUUGACAAGCAAAUUGCCGUGUGGUGGUCACCCCCCUUCUGA